CACACGCUCCUGCCUCUUAGCCCCACAGGCCCUGCGGACGGGGCGACCAUGAAGCCGUGCCCCGAGGAGCGGUACUGGGACCCCCUGCUGAACGGCUGCGUCUCCUGCAGACCCAUCUGCAGCCAUCAGGUUCCACGGACCUGCACCGCCUUCUGCAAGUCGCUGAGCUGCCACAAGGAGCAGGGCUGGUACUAUGACCAGCUCCUGCGGGGCUGCAUCAGCUGCGCCCCCAUCUGCGGACAUCACCCCGCGCCCUGCGCGCACUUCUGCGAGAGCUUCCUCAGGAGCCGCGCGGCCCUCCGCCCAGCGGCCAGGAGGCCGAGGCCCGGGCAGGCCGAGACCGGAGCAGCCGCCGCGGGGAGGUACCAGGGGUCCGAGCACAGAGGCCUGGAGGCAGGUCCAGCGCCCCCAGGGCUGCGGCUGAGCGCCGACCAGCGGGCCCUGGUCUACAGCGCGCUGGGCCUCUGCCUGGGCGCCAUCCUCUGCGGCUUCCUCCUGGCCAUGGUCUGCUUUCUCAAGAGGAGGGGGGGCCAGGCCUCCCGCCAGUGCCCCCCAGGGCUCUGCCCCACCCCAGCCGCGUCCUCCCAGGAUCCCAGGAUGGAAGCCGGCCCGCAGGAGCUGGAGCAGGAGCAGGAGCGCGUGGAGGCCUGCAGCUUCUGCUUCCCCCAGUGCAGGACGCCCGCCCAGGAGCGCGGGGGUGCACCUGGGCCCCCUGGCCCCAUGCGUGCUGGGAGGUGCGGGCGCCUGGGCCCUACCAUGGCGGAGCAGCCCUGCGCGGGGUCUCCCGACAGCAGCCUCCAGGCCGUCUGCUCCCCCACCCAGGAGGGGGGCCUGGCUGUGUGAAACCAGGAGGGGAGAGAGGAAGUGGUGAGGGAGAGAUGGGGACAGAGAGGAAGCACUGGGGAGAGCAAGAGGAAGGGGCGAGAGGGCUGGGGGGAGAGGUGCCGGGCAGAGCCUGCACUGUCCUGACCCCAGGUCCCCACACCUGCCACAGCCCGGCGGGUGCGCAGUAGUUGAGCGCCCUCCCAUGGGCCCAGGCGUCCUGGGUUCGAUUCCCCGUCAGGGCGCCUGCCCAGGCUGUCCCUCCCCAGGAGGGGGCGUGAGGAGGCAGCAGGUGGAUGUGGAUGUGUCGCCCUCUCCCUUCCCCGCUAUCCAGUCAAUAAAGACGUACUGAGCACACCUGCGACAGGGUCCCCGCCGCCCUUCCUUCCACGG